AUGAUACCCAAUUCACGCCAACUAUUGACCGAUACCCGACCGGUACCUAAUACCCAUCGGUUCUCGUUUUCACAUCAAAGCGAUUAUCAACGCAUCGAUGAUGAAGCAGCUGCCAUGGCACAGCAACAACAACAACAACGAAAAUUUAGCAGCCGUUUUCUGCCAGAUGCUAAACGCAAGUCGCGUCCAAAAUCAUUACCAGUUGCAAACAAUCCCACACCACUACCACGCUCAAAUACAAAUCCAUUGACAAGGUCGUUGAACGCAUUGAUCCAAAGAUUUCGCAGGAAACCAUCAACAAGCAAAAAAUCAACCGCCAUUCCACUCCCUAAUCCUGCGUUGCGUGGUGCUUGUAAUACCGCUUUGUAUUGCCAUCAUCAUAAUGGUUCUAGCAGUAGUAUUAGUAGUAGUACAAGUGGCAGCAUCUCACCUUCACCAUCAAUAUUCAAUGGCAAUAACAACAACGACGAGAUACCAACAACAGCUGCGAAACGAAACAGCAUGAUGAGUCGCUGCAGCAACGUUACUACGACCGGUCAUUCCAUUUACAGCACCUUCCCUUGUAACGAUAUUGAGGAGGAGGAACAUGAUGAUGAUGAUGAUGAUACCAGUGAACAAUGGUCACCACGGACAUCUCUCAUCAGCAGCAGCACAGCACAAAUGCAGCAGCAGCAACAGCAGCAUCCAUCAGCAGAUGACUUGCAUAUGCAGCCUGAAUGCACAUCACAGCAACAGCAUGAGAUGAGUGUUACAACAUCAAACCAAGACCAUCCAAGGAUGACAGAAGAUUGCAAAAGUCUUCAUAAUGACCAGCAGCACAACAACAAUGAAGAAACGGACUCGGCUAUCGAUAUUGACUCGAUACGUGAAGUAGCAGAACGGUUAUGGGAUGAUGAUGAUACAUCCAUAUGCAGCUUGGAAGAAAGAGCUGAAUGGUUAGGCACAAGUGAUAGGUUCAGGGCACAAGUACUCAAGCAUUACAUGUCUCGCUUUGAUUUCACAUGUCAACGAUUGGAUGCAGCGUUUCGUACAUUGUGUGGCAAGUUGUACUUCAAGGCAGAAGCACAACAAAUGGAUCGCAUCUUGGGCGCUUUUGCCUACCGGUAUUGGGAGUGCCAUACCAACAUGGUGCACGAUGUAGGUCCACAAAAGACAUUUGGUAGUCCAGAUGGUGUUUAUGCAGUUGCCUACGCUAUUUUGUUACUCAAUACGGAUUUACAUGUUGCUCAUCAAGGCAAAGGGGGUAGACAUAAAAUGUCUCAGUCCAAAUUUGUACGCAAUACCAUGGCAACGCUACGCGGCCUUGGAUUUCCAUCACCACCACCACAACCACCAGCAACAACAACCACCACAUCGAUAUCCUGCUUCUCACUCCCCGUGCAUUUUGUAUCACCCUCGUCUUCAAUACAAGAGACACCACUAAGAGCAAGCGAAAGCACUGUAUCCACCUUGACCUCUUCCAACAUUAGCUGCAGCACAUCAAGCCAUAUCUCACUCUGGCCACUUGAACGAAGUCAUAGUUUAACGGGCAGUAGUAAUAGUGGUGUGCACCACCACCACUACCCACAAGAAUCAUCAUCAUCAUCACCACGUCGUCGACGUUGGACAUACACUUUGGAUCCACGUAGUGGUGGUGGUGGUGGUGGAGGUACAAGCUCAUCCAACAGAAAACAAAAGCAUGGCAACAACAACAGCAACAGACGACGACGCAAGAUUAGCGUAACACCUACUCAAAAAGCAUGGAUGACUGAGAUGGAGGCAUUACUCAAGGAUAUCUACAUCUCUAUCAAGACACAUCCAAUUGCACAAAUGUCUCCAACAGCAGCAGUGAAUUCUACUACUACUACUACGUCUCAUCUUUCAUCAAGCCAUGAAACCAACAUCAACCCACCCGGUGGUGUGAAAAAUUCAAGUGUUCGUAAAGAAGGGCUUUUAACGCGUAAGCAUGUGAUGGAAUCAAGAGAUAAAAAAGCACGACAACGUGGAUGGCAAUUAUGCCGUGUCGUAGUACAAGAAGGGAGCAUGUACUUGUAUUCAGCCUCCCCAUCCUCUUUAUCAUGUUCCCCCUCCUCCUUCACUUUGGAUGACAAUGGAAAACGACGACAACGACAACGACCUAGAACACUCAGCACCAUCACCCACACCUACUACUAUCGUUCUUUUCGGUCCAAUAGCACGCAAAUCAACCUCAGGCAUUCAUUGACAACAGCCAUGCCUUAUGCUUCAGGAUGUGGUCAACAACGUCCUUUUGUGUUUUGUGUUAAAACAGCCGAUGGUGCCGUAUGGUUAUUUGAAACAUUGACAUCCGAGGCGGCACAUGAAUGGACCCAAUUAUGCAAUUAUUGGGCAGCUCGAUUAAGCAAGGAACCUUUGGAUGGGGCUAUUUGUAACCUCGAUUAUGGAUGGGCUGACAUGACAACAACAACAUCUGCCACCAUGAUCCAUGAUUGGACCCCACCGGCUCCACCAUCCACGCUAUCCAGUCGUUUAUCCCCAUCGGAUCAAUUGGUCAUGCUUCAACGACGUAUUACUCUUCUCGAGCAAGAGCUGGAUCAACAUCGUACGUUUAAGGACCGCAUUUAUCAAAGAUUUGCAGGAUCGUAUUACAAUGCCAGUCAACGGAAAAAGGCGCUUGAUAAUUGGGAAUGCAAGGCACAAUAUCUCAUUCAAGAAGUGAUCAAGAUGCAUACUUACCAUGAUACGCUCCUCCAUCAUUAUCCAACAACAUCCUCAUCAUCCACCACUUGA